AUGACCGCCAAGCAGUACCGCUUCACGCGCGAGGACUUCCAGCCUCUCGUGACGAAGCCGCUGCACUUUGACAUGGUGUUCGACAUCACGGAAGCCAAGGUGAAGGUGACGCUGCAGACGACGCUCAAGCAUGACGGAGCGCAGUCGCUCUCGCAGCUGAAACUGCACUCGAAGGACCUGGAGAUUUUGUCCGUGGAGCAAAUCGAGACGUUCACGCCAUUGGGAAGUACAAAGGACUUUGUCACUCACGUGCAGAGCUUUGAAGAGUUCCGUGAGAUGGAGUACGAAGUGGAUAAGGAGGACCAUUUCCUCGUCCUCAAGUUUGCCAAAGCUGUGGAACCUGGAGACGAGGUUGUGAUCCGCACUGUUUCAGUGGCCACUCCAACGGAGAAUAUACUGGAAGGGCUAUACUAUGACUAUACCCCGGAGGGUGCCCCCAAGACGAUCAUCACGCAGUGCCAGCAGCAUGGAUUCCAGCGCAUUGUGCCGUGUAUUGACACGAUGGACGCCAAAGCUUACUAUACGACAACUGUUGUCGCGAAUAAGCGCUACACUAACGUCCUUACAAACGGAGACUUGGCACCUGGAUUCCACACGGAAACGGGGGUGCCUGUGUUCCACCCAGCAGCAGAAGUGCUGCACGUCGACGAUCCGUCGCGCCACGUGCUCAAGUACUAUAAUCACAAAGUGAACAUGGCGCCGUACUUGUUCUUCCUAGGUGUGGGUACUUACGAGACAUUCCGACGGACACUUGAGUUCCCGGAUGGAGACACAACGUUGUUGGAGAUCUUGGCGUUCCCGGGCUACUUUGAAGCAGCUGACGCCAAAGCAGCUGUCAAGAUGCUACACGACUCUGUGUUGUGGGUGAUGGUGAGUCUCGGCCCAGAAGCGUGCGAGCACCAUGACGAGCGCAAGCGUAUGUACGACCUGCUGGAUGAGCGUGAAGCCAUCAAGGCUAAAGAAGGCGAACUGUGCCUUGGGCCCCACGAGGAGGAUGUUAAAAGACCAUUGAGUGACGCAGAUACUGCGCGUCUGGCUGCAGUUCGCGCGGAAUUGAAGGAGCUGCUCAAGGUGUGGAAGAAGACUGGCUACAAGUACUCUGGUGCGGUGUACCGCGAGAUCGCUAUGGAGAACUCGUACUACGGUGGUAUGGAGAACGUCGGUAACACCACCAUUGUAAGCUCGUGUCUGUGCCCGAGUUGCCGCAUGGACGACAAGUCUUAUGAGUACAUGGAGCGUGUGAAAGUCCACGAGUACUACCACAACAUCAACGGCAGCCAGGUUACGGGUCAGUCACCGUUCGAGAUUUGGCUGAAUGAGGCUGUCACAGUACACAUGGAACGCAAGCGUGCAGCGGCUAUUUUUGGCAACGACUACAGUCGCUUGAGUGAAGUGCUGUACAUGUUCACUCCGGCUAUCGGACCUCUUGCUCAAGACAAGUCGGCAACAUCUCUGUCCGUCGAACCGCAGGGUUUCAAUCAGACUCAGGAACUCGUAUCUGUUGUAACUUACUCAAAGGCUCCUGAGUUCGUCCGCAUGGUUGAGCUUCUUCUGGGCCAGGAUGCUUUCCAUAAAGCACUUGACAUGUAUCACACUAAAUACGCGUUUGGCAAUGCCACGAGUAUGGAUUGGAUCAGGUGCAUGGAAGAAUGCUCGGGACUUGACUUGCAAAAUCUGGCCAAGACAUGGCUGAACCGUCCGGGUCACCCUGAAGUUACGUACUCAACGGAGUACAAUGCCGAUUCCAGUGAAUAUGUCGUAGAGAUCUCGCAGACAGGUUUUGAAGACAAGCCUGCUGAGAAUAAUGGUCCUUGGGAAAUUCCAAUCGACUGGUCACUCGUCAAAGAUGGGAUGUCGAUGAAAGAAGGCGUGUUUCUCAUGAACACGCGAGACACUAAGCUUGUUAUCCCGGAUGUGACGGACGAGCCGGACUUCCUGUCUUUUGCCCGUGGGUGGUCUUUCUUCGGCAAAUCAAAGCAGACAAAUCCGUCCGUAGCGCGGCUCACAAAACAAGCGCUGUCCGAUCCGGAUGCUGUGAACAAGUACCAGGCUUACCGCAGCGUGGCAGAUACCGAGAAGGCGAAGGUGAUUGAAGGACUGUUGAAGCAAAACAAGACGGUAGAAAUAUCGUCCGAAUUUGUGAAGCUGCACGGUUCGAUCCUGUUCUCAGAUGAGCUCACCCCUUCUGCACGUGCGUUGACGUUGGUUGAAUCAAAGACCAUCCCGAGUCGUGACGACCUGAGUCACCAUUACGCUGUCAUAAAGGAAGCGACCACAGCCUUGCUGCAAGCAGUGUGGGCCAAGUAUUCGUCAGAAAUCGAGGCAGCAUACAACAAGCUGUGCGGAGCAGCUUGUCCAGGCCCGCAUGUAGAGCAGUUUCAGGAGCGUGCUCUCAAGCGCCACUUGCUGCUGCUUAUUGUCGCUGGGGGGAAGCCUUCUGUGCUCAGCACGACACCGACGGUAGCGCCAACGGUGGCAUCAUCCGAGCUAGCGCUUGAUCUGCUUAAGAAAUCGUCCUUUGUGACGGAUCAGGUUACCGGAUUUCGCCUCAUCCUUGAAGACGAAAGCUUCGCUCAGCGCGCGAAGGUGCAGGAAGAGAUUUUUGACGACUGGCGUAAGACGCCAGAUAUGCUGACGAAGUACAUCAGCAUUGUGAGCAGCUUGGAUGCAAAGGACGUGGGCGAGCAAAUUUUGGAGCUUGUGGCAAGCUCUAGCUUUAACCCAGCUCAGUCCAGCCACGGACGGACGCUUUCACGUGGUUUAUCGCAGAUUCGCGAUUUCUCGCUUGGCACUGACGAGGGUCUUGACGUGAUGGUGCAAGUGUUCGUAAAGAUCGGCAAGGUCAACCAGAUGUCAGCGUAUCCAUUGCUACAGUGCUUCGAUCACCUGGACCGUUUUGAUGAAGCCACAAGAACGAAGAUGUUUGCGACACUACAGCGCAUGCAGGCCUCGAUCGACGAGAAGAAGGAGGAGUCGCUUUACAACCAGCUUAACAUUAUCUUGGCAAAGAAGCCGUAG